AUGGACUUUGUCGGUUUACUUGGAUUGGGCCAGCUGGAUGUAGAUGGAGUGAAGGCGUUGUGUGUGUUUUAUGAAGGUGAUGAUGUGGGAACAGGUUUUAUUGAAGGAAACGUGGUUGGAGAGGGUGGAGUUGGUGCUGGUGGGUUUGGAGAUGAUGAGGUUGGAACUAGUGCAGUUUUCUGCACUACAAUUUCGUAUCAAACUGCUCUAAGCGUUCGUCUGUUGUUCCAGGUGAUCAGUCCAGCCAAGGGAUAUCUCGAUAUCUUCCCUUCUGCAUAG